AUGUUUUUCCAACCACCCAACGAAGAACCAGGCUCUAGUGAAAAUUUAAAAACUACCUCUCGGCGACAAAAGAAAUUAAGGCGUAAAAACAGGUUGAAAGCUAUAAAAAAAGAUCAGCUCGCAAAGAAGAGGCUCGCGCGCAAUCCUAUACCAACCACGAUGUCUUCAUGGGCUGAGAACUUUACGAGUGCUGCUACAUGGCAAUUGAAGCAUCAAGUAGCCUUCUGGAAGUCCCGUGCAACGGCUUUAGAGUACGAGAAUAAGUUACUGCACGAUAUUAUACGUAAAAACUAUUUGAAUCAAGGUCAAUCGGAUGAUAACUCUAGAUCAAAUUCGGAAGAAGAAGAGGAAUAUUUCGAACCUGAAAAUGAGGUUGAAGAAGACGUUGACGGGGAAAUAGAAGUGAGUGAAGAGUUUAUACAGUUUCUAAGAGACAAUAAGAAGUUCAGAGAUGAUGCAAAGAGGGAGAGAGAGCGGUUGAGAGCUCAGAAUGAUGAAGAACAAAGAGAAAUAGAAGAGAUGGAGGCUGGGCCUAUAGAAAACGGUGAAGAUCCUCAAGAAAGGUUAAAGAAGUUAUAUGGACGCGGUUGGGAGAGAAUAUCAGCUCUAGAAAUGUCUAUGCAAUCACAUUUUAUAAGUAUUUCCGAUCGGGAGAAACCAAUGUAUUGGCCUAAUAUACCAUUCAAUUUUAAUUUUGGAUAA